GGAGGCUCAGAAGUCAGCGACGGGCUUAGUGACUUCGAGGUUCUGGGCGUUGCAGAACUGGUAAAACACCACGUCGACCAUGAAGCGCUCUGCCCUGUGUGCAGGAAGCGGAAUCAAGAAGCUGUUUUUCCAACUGGUGGGCGAUUCGGGACACCACUUUUCCACUCGAACGCUGGCCCACGUGAAGGAAUGGUCGACCUCGUGCAACUUCUGCCGGCUGACACUGAUGGCCUUGAACCUUGAACCUGGCACUCCUGUCUGCCCUGGCGAUGUAGAAAUGCUGAUCUACUUUUACCUCCGCCCGAAGGCCCGCGGCUUCCGACCCGAAUACAUAGAGCAGCGAGUCAACAUGACGCACAACAUCCAGCUCUGCUUCGAGUCUACAGAACCCUUCGCCUGGCAUUCAGACCGUUCCCCUAAGCUCCAGCUUCUCAACGGUCGCCAUAUGAGCGAGCAGAUCGAUGCCGAAAUGCUGAUCAAGUGGCUGCGCAUCCGACUCGGCCAUCCUCCCAACAAAAGGACGGCUGAUCACAACUACGGCGUGUGGGUCAUAACUCUCACGAAGCCGACCGAAGAACAGCUUGAGAAACCAGGCGCCAUCGCCCCUGAACACCCACAACUCGGCAGAACCAUCACGGACGGUCUGAGGCUAUGCAAACUGAUCGACUACCGUUAUCUCUGGGUGGAUGCCCUUUGUAUCCGCCAGGACGACGAAGAGGACUUGGCACUGCAAGUUGCUCAGAUGAACCGAAUAUACCAGUUUGCUGCUCUCACCAUUGUCCAGGCCCCGGCAGAUCCAGAAGCGUCGGUCCGAACCCCGGUCCGAGGACUUCUCCCUGGAUUGAGGGAGAUCCGUCAAGAGCAAGUGGUUGUUCAGCAUGAGAAGUUCUUCUGA